AUGUCACUUAAAGAACUUGUCAAGACGAGAACACAGGUUUUACUACUACUGAUCUCUAGUCUCACUCACGCACAAGAUACGACGGAUACGACGAGUACACUCUCUUUGACGACAACUCUACCACCGACAACUACCACCUCAAUCGUGUCUGUACUCCCACCAACUGCGGUCCCGAGUUCGAACUCGUACACUCUGCUCGGAUGUUACAAUGAGGUACCUCUCGAGAAUGGUAAUCUGGCAGUGGGAGCUGCAGGCGAAUAUUUGGUUCCAUCUAUCGUACCAGAGAAUUUCACGGCCCCAACAUGUCUCGCUGCCUGUGAAGGAUCCUUGGCCCCAGAAGGGCAGGGAAACUAUACUUAUGCAGCUCUGGAGAACUCAAGAGAAUGCUUCUGCGGAUUAUCCCUUUCAAACACUUCCACACCUGUCGACUCACUGAAUUGCGCAUCUCCCUGCGCCGGCGACUCAAAUACCAGCUGUGGAGGCUUCGGUUACCUCACCCUCUACCAACUCACGGCCACCCUCUCCACCUCAAACCUCACAAUCCCCAACACAACCACCCCGGCCAAUUCAACGACCUCUCCAAUAACCCCCGCAUCCACCUCCCAGCCCUCAAACACCGGUCUCUGGAUCGGCAUAUCCUUCGGUCUCCUCGCCCUCAUCCUACUCAUAGCCCUCCUCCUCUACUUCGAAAACCGCCACUACCUUGCCCACCACCUUGGGCCUCCACCAUUCUCACCCCACCAAACUCGUCUUCCUCGUCUCCCCUUCGUAAGACCAAAUCGCGAGUCUUAUCUCAAUACAGCCUAUACCGCUACCGUACCCGAGACCAUAAGCGAGAAAAAGGGCCCCGAAAGACGGAGUACAUUGGAAGCGUGGAAAUCAGGCACGGUGCUACCGCCGCCGAUACUGGAACCCGUAUUUCUGGGAGGUGCGCUGGACGAGGAAGCACAGAUGCCGGUGCGGCGGGAGAGUCUCUACAGACCAGAAUAUAAUGCGCAGGUUAGUUUUAGGGAUGUGGCGUUUGCGAGUGUGGAGGAUGGGACGAAUCAGGCUGGUAAGGGUGAAGUAGAAAAUGGUCAGAGGGACCAGGAAGGAGAGGCUGGCGGGAGAGAAGGAAAGAGUUGGUUAGAUGCUGACGAGGUAGAGAAUGGACAAACGAAUUCGGAUAAACCGUCACGCGAUGAACAUCUCCAGCCGGAAACGACUUCGAAGCGAAAUUCUGUCGUGUCGAAUAUGUCGAGGAAUUCGAAGGUUGUGGAGGAUGUGGGAUGA